AAAGCACGGCUCGGCUCGACUCGGCACGGAACUGCCCGCCCCGCGCUACGGCCUCAUGGAGCCGCACGGCCCCGGCAGCGUCCUGUUCGGCUGUGAGCUGACUGCCAGCACCAAGUCCUACACGUUUCAGGUGGAUGAAGAUGACGACUCUGACCACGUUUUGGCCCUGUCUGUGGUGUGCCUCACGGACGGUGCCAAGGAUGAGUGCAACGUGGUGGAGGUCAUUGGGCGAAACCACAAGAACCAGGAGAUCACUGUGCCGGUGGCAAACCUGAAGUUGUCAUGCCAGCCCUUGCUGAGCCUGGACAACUUCAAGCUUCAGCCUCCAGUGACGUUCCGCCUGGCAGCGGGCUCCGGCCCCGUGCACCUCGCCGGCUGGCACCAGAUCUUGCACAGGGACGACGCUUCCUUCGAGGAGGAGGAGGAGGAUGAUGACGAUGACAUGUCUGAGGAGGAGAUAGCGCCCAUCGUGCCUGCCAAGAAGGAGAGAAGGAAGCAGUGAUGGUAUCCCGGCGAGUCUGCUUCUUCCUCCAGGUGCUCGCUGGGACUUCUCCACAGACAGCUGUUACCUCAGACGCCUCUCAGCAGGACCUCAACUUUUGCUGCCUUUUUUUUUUUUUUUAAUUUACUGUCGUACCUUCUGGGGGUGGUGGGCAGGGGCUGCUCCCAGCACUGCGGGGUCUCCUUUCCCACAUCCAUGGGAGGUGAUCCCGUCUCCCCAUUCCCUCGCUGGGUGUCCGGGAUGGCGGUCCUCUCCCUGUGCCUUUUUGCUGCCCCGGACCUCUGCUGUGUGCACAGCCCUGCUGGCUCUGCAGUGCCCAGCGUGUCCCUUCCCCGGCAGCGGCUGGAUGUAGCAGCAGCAGCAGCAGCAGGAGGCAGCAUCCUCUCUUCCAGGAUGGUGUGCUGGGAGCUGACGGUCUGCUGUGAUUUGGGGGAGGUUCUGGGUCACUCCGCUUUGUAGGACGGUGUUUACAUACUGAAUAAAGGUGCGGGUUUGGUGUGGUG